AUGGCGAUCGAAACUCUUCCCGUCGAGGCCUUCUGUGUCGGAAAGCCAACAACAACCCUUUUGCCCGAGACUGAAACUUCGAACGCUGUGAUUCUUGAGCCAUAUCAUGUUGAUUUACUACCUGUUUAUGGCUAUACCAGCAGGGAAUACUUAAUUACCGGUGAGGCCGCUGGUCAAUCUUAUUGCACAAGGUUACUACUUCGUUCACCCGCGGAUCCCACAAAGUUUUCUGGUCUAGUCGUUGAAGAACCAUCUCACCUGUGGGGAGGUACCAGCAUAUGGCGUCAUAUAAAUCGCUGGGUCAUGCGUAAUGGACAUGCAUGGCUCGAAGUCGAUUCCCAGGCACCUUCAGCAAUUGGGAAGAUCAAGAACAUCGAUCCCACUCGCUACAAAGAUAUGCACUUUAUUCCAAGCUUACUUGCAGAUGACUUUGCCGCGAAUAUUCCCUUUGUGACAGACGUAUCGAAGGAGACUCUGUACGAGAACUACUGUGCAUUUAAAGCAAAAUGGUGGCCCGCUACUUUGCAGUCUCCAGAAGUUCUGGCCGCUGCAUCCUAUGCCCUGAGAUCUGGAGAGCUGGGUGUCAAAGCCCAGAAGGUUAUUCUGAGUGGACUUUCACAAACAAGUGGGGUGACUAGACGAUUCAUCACACACUCAUCACAUUUAAGGCUCCCAGACGGCUCUCUUCCAUUCGAGGGCUUCAUUCCCUGUCAGUCUGGUGGGCCUGCACUUCCUGAUCCUGCCUCCGCAAAGGUGAUUGAGCUUCUCGGGGAAUCUGAAUUCCAAUCUGUCCGCUUCGCCUGUGGUGUCAGUGGACAGCUCAAAGAUACAACACACCGACGCCCCGAUAGCGACUCAUUGCGCAUAUACGAAGUGGCCGGAAUGGCCCAUCGAGAAUCACGAUACGCUUCAGCUCUGGAUAUCAAACGGUUGGCAGGGGUUGAUCUGCGCGGUGCAAGGUGGAGCACAUUCUCCAACUCGUUGAUUUACCACGCUGUCUUUGAAGCCAUGGAAAAAUGGAUCACUCGAUCUGUCACUCCUCCCCCUAGUGUUUACCUCGAGACCGUUGGAUCAAGCGAUGAGAUUUUGCGCGAUGAACACGGAAAUGCCCUCGGUGGAGUCCGGACUCUUCAUACAGAAGUUCCUUUGAGUCGUCUUGUUGCAGCUACCCCCAAAGGGCGGCCGAGCUGGUACUGUGGAUCUGAAUGGGCCUUUAGCGACGAGAAACUGUUGGCUUUUUAUGGCUCGGUCGGAGAGUAUCGACGUCGUGCGGGAGGGGCUAUUCAAAGACAGAUUGAUAGUGGAUUCUUAUUACCUGAAGAUGCAGAGAUCCUGCGCCGGGAAACUGUUGAACAAGUUAUUAUAUGA